GACUGUUUGGCCGUUUGUCCCCGCAGCCCUUGCUCUGGGCGGGAAGGUGUGUGACUGCGAGGAGGUGGCGGUGAGGUGACAACGGCCCCGGCGGGAAGAAGAUGUCGUCCGGACCCGACGGCCAGGAGGAUGGGCAGGAUGGCCAGGAUGGGCAGGAUGGCGUCGGGCCGCAGUUACUGGAGAACACGCCUAAAGAAAACCCAAGCAAACCCAGCUUUUCCCCGAGCCCGGCCUGGACUGCGGUACUGACGAAGCAGGCCCGGAUCCUCCUCACCCCCCUGUCCUUCAAAAAGGGCCCGGGUCGCCAAGGGUUCCUCCCCAGGAGGAUCCUGGAGCCGAAGCAGUGCGGCCCCGGUGAAAACGCAGCUGAGGAGCCCGGAGCCCCGACAGGCCCGGCGGGGUCCCAACCCCUCAGUCUCUGCCCCAGGAGAAGCAGAGAGGCCCCCCGACUGUCCCCCGAGACGGCCGCUCCGGCCGCCGACAGCCCCCAGGAUGAAGAUGACAGUGACGGCGAUGAGAGAGAGUGCCAGGGCAGUUUUUCUGGCUUGUCUGCCUACGAAAGGAAGAGGCUAAAGAACAUAAAGGAAAAUGCCAAAUUCUUCGCUUCUCUUGAGCUACUGGAGGCGGCAGCCAAGCUGAAAAAAAUGACGACCCGGAAGCCAUCCUGUGGAGUCAAGAGAAAGAAACCCAAGGAGGAGGCGGACGAGACGACGCGUCGAAGAUCGAUGCGGUUGCUGAAAGCGGAUCCGUCAGGAGUGCCGGUACCCCAGGUGCCGGCACAGCCAGAAUUAGCCGCGGAUGAAAGCCCGGGGCCACCACCCGGGCCCUUGGAAAUGGUGCCCUCAAACCAGACGGCGAAGGAUGAGGUGUUUGGGGAGUUUCUGCAGACGUGGACGGAGAUGAGCCAGCCAAGCGGGAGCACCAUCCAGCAGCCCUCCAGCCUGGAAAGUUACCGAGCCAGCCUGAGCGGAAUGGCCGUCAGCGAAGAGACGGUCUGCAAGGUGACCAAAGAUCGAAUCUUCUCCCUGGCCGUCCACCCCUCGGAGAGCCGGCUCCUGGUGGCUGCCGGGGACAGGCUUGGCCAGGUCGGGCUGUGGGAUCUGGAUCGGGGUCCGAAAGCGGCGGGGGUGCACACGUUUGCCCCCCACAUCCGGGCCGUGAGCUGCCUGUACUUCUCGCCCGCGAACCCCGCCCACCUGCUGUCGCUGAGCUACGACGGGACCCUGCGGUGCGCGGACUUCUCCCGGGCCGUGUUCGACGAGGUGUACAGGAACCAAGAGCUGGCCCUUUCCUCCUUCACCUUCCUGUCGGACGACGCCUCGUCCCUGCUCGUGGGGCACUGGAAUGGCGGAGUGGCUGUGGUGGACAGGCGGGCCCCGGCCCCCGUGCAGUGGGCAGACCUCGGGCCCGGCUUGGUGAGGACCGUUCACGGCCACCCGCUGCACAGGCAGUAUUUCGUGGCCGCGGGCGCCAGGAACGUUUCGAUCUUCGAUGUGCGCUGCCUCAAGCCCCAACGCAACCGGCCCCUGCUCUCUCUCCCGGGGCACACCAAGAGCCUCGCUUCGGCCUAUUUCUCCCCCACCACCGGCUGCAGGGUCGUGACCACGUGUGCCGACGACAAUUUGCGGGUCUUCGACACCAGCUGCCUAGGAUCCAAAGCCCCUCUUGUCACCACGGUCAGGCACAAUAACAACACGGGGCGCUGGCUGAGCCGCUUCCAGGCCGUCUGGGACCCCAAGCAGGAAGACUGCUUCGUGGUGGGCAGCCUGAGCCGGCCGAGGCGCAUCGAGGUGUUCCACGCCGCCGGCCGGCUGCUGCACUCCUUUGCCCACGAGGACUGGCUGGGCUCCGUCUGCUCCAUCAACGCGCUGCACCCCUCGCGCCCGGUCCUGGCCGGGGGCAAUUCUAGCGGGAAGGUCCACGUCUUCAAAGCCCGAGGCGCAGAGCCCUAAAUGUCCUGGGCCCGUCCCCCGUCUCCUUCCCCCCGCCCGCUUUCCCUCCUCCCCAUCGCAGUUCUGGGGGCCGGAGUCUGAACGAGGGAGAAGCCCGCUGUAGGCCCGGGGUCGUGGCCGUGGGAGGGAAGAGGCUUUUCCCUGGGAAGAGCAGGCCGUGGGCCCGGGCAGUGGGAACGGGAGGGCACGGGUGGGGCGGCGACGGGGCCGAGGUCGGAGUGUGCAGUGAUGGAUAUUA